AAUUAUCUGUUUAUGAAUAUUCAAAUAAUACAGCAAAUCCAUUGAUAAAUAAUAAUAAUAAUAAUAAUAAUAUGGAUACAAUAGGUAGUUGUGGUUCUGGUGGUGGUGAUAAUAUCGUUGGUGGUAAUCGUUUAUUAAAUAGUGCAUUAAAAACAACACGUGGUUCAACAAUAUCAUCAAUGACUAAUCAUCGUUCAUCAUAUAUUGGUGAAGAAGAACAUUAUCAUUUACAACAACAUUAUUUUGCAACAACUGGCCGUAAAGAUACAAUAAUUAGUAUUGGAAAAAAUUUUCAAAUACAAUUUAAAAGCCCUUCAACUAAUUGUCUUUCAUGGCAUUAUCGUACUAGUUUGGAAAAAUUUUUAUUAUUAUCAUUAUUAUUAUUAUUAUUAUUUAUUUUAUUAGCUUAUAUUUAUAUUCCAUAUCUAUAUGGUAAUUCUAAUGAAAUACAAGUCUGUACAUCGAUGGAAUGUGUGAAAACAUCUGCAUCAUUAUUAAGUGCAAUGGAUUUGAAUGCCGAUCCAUGUGAAGAUUUUUUUCAAUUUGCCUGCGGUAAUUGGGUUAAAAAACAUAUUAUACCUGAAGAUCGUUCUAGUUUGAGUACAUUUGAAGUGAUGGCUGAUGAUUUACAAAUUAUACUUAAAGAUUUAUUGGAACAAGUGCCAAACAGUGCUGAUAAUAGUGCAACAUUGAAAGCAAAACGUUUCUAUCAAUCUUGUAUGAAUAUACAAAAAAUUAAUAAAAUAGCCGUACAACCAAUAUUGGAUACAUUACAAGAUGUAGGUGGAUGGCCAGUAUUGGAUCGUAAUUGGAAUGAAAAACGUUUGAAAAAAACAACAAUAUCGUUGAUGACCGUGCAAACAAAAUCUGUAUUGCUAGCAUCAUCAUCAUCAUCGUCCUCAUCCGCCGCAUCUUCAUCACCAGCAUCGUUAUUAUCCAAAUCAUCAUCAUCAACUAAAACAUCAAUGACAACAAAUGAUCAAUAUAUGGAAUUAACAUUGGAAAAUUUAUUGGGAAAAUUACGUGGUGAUUAUAAUCAACCAAUUAUUGUUGAACAAUAUAUUGGUCCGGAUGAUAGAAAUUCAUCAUUAAAUAUUAUACAAUUUGAUCAAACAAGUCUUGGCUUGCCAAGUCGAGAAUAUUUUCUAAAAGAAAAUCCAAAUAAAGAAAAAGAUGCCUAUCUAGAAUUGAUGAUCGAUAUUGCUGAAUUAUUGGGUGCUGAUCGUGAUUAUGCAACCGUUGAAAUGUCGAAAGUUUUAGAAUUUGAAACACAAUUGGCCAAUGCAUCAAUGCCUGAAGCUGAUCGUCAUGAUACUAGCGCAAUUUAUAAUAAAAAAACUAUAAAACAAUUAAAACAAUUAGUACCAGAAUUUGAUUGGAUUGGUUAUUUAAAAAAUUUUAUGCCAAUAUCGAUUGAUGAAAAUAAUGAAGAAAUUGUUAUAUAUUCAUUAGAUUAUUAUCAACAAAUGGGUAAACUAAUCAAACAGAUUAUGAAUGAUGAUCGUCGUAUCAUAUAUAAUUAUGCUAUUUGGCGUUUAAUGAAAAGUAUAUUACCAUUUUUGGAUAAUGAAUUUGGUUUGAAACGUGCAAAAUUUCGUAAAAUUUUAUUUGGAAUAUCUGCUGAUCGUACACGUUGGAGUCAAUGCGUUGAAUUAGUAAAUAAAAAAAUGGGUAUGGCUGUUGGUGCAUUAUUUAUACGUGAUAAUUUUGAUCCAAAAAGUAAAGAAAUUGCUAUCGAAAUGAUACAUAAUAUACGUGUAGCAUUUAAUGAAUUAUUAAAUUUUAAUGAUUGGAUGGAUAAUGAAACACGGCAAGUAGCAAAAGAAAAAGCUGAUGCUAUUAAUGAACGUAUUGGUUAUCCAGAAUUAUUAACAAAUCCAAUUGAAUUAUCAAAGGAAUAUAAUUUUCUUGAAAUACAUGAAGAUAAAUUUUUACAAAACAUUUUAAAUGUAUUUCGCUUUGAGGCAUAUAAAAAUCUAAUAAAAUUAGGUACAGCCGUCGAUAAAGAUAGUUGGACAACUGAUCCGGCUGUUGUAAAUGCAUUUUAUAGUCCAAAUAAAAAUGAUAUUGUAUUUCCUGCUGGUAUAUUACAACCAUUAUUCUAUUCACAUUAUUUUCCCAAAUCAUUAAAUUAUGGUGGUAUCGGUGUUGUAAUUGGUCAUGAAAUAACACAUGGUUUUGAUGAUCGUGGUCGACAAUUUGAUAAAAAUGGUAAUAUGAAACAAUGGUGGAAUAAUCAAACAAUCAAACGUUUUCGUGAACGUGCACAAUGUAUUAUUGAUCAAUAUUCAAGUUAUGUUUUAGAAGAUAUUAAUGCUAAUGUUAAUGGUCGUAUGACACAAGGUGAAAAUAUUGCCGAUAAUGGUGGCCUAAAACAGGCAUAUCGUGCAUUUAAAAAAUGGGAAAAACAAAAUAAUGUUGAACCAUUAUUACCCGGUCUUAAUCUAACACAUGAUCAGCUUUUUUUUCUAAAUUAUGCACAGAUCUGGUGUGGUUCGAUGAGACCUGAAGAUGCAUUGAACAAGAUUCGUUCAUCGGUACAUAGUCCUGGACCUAUUCGCGUACUUGGACCAUUAUCAAAUUCAUAUGAUUUUUCAAAUGCUUAUAAUUGUGAAAUUGGUAGCCGUAUGAAUCCAGUGAAAAAAUGUACCGUUUGGUAAAAAACAUUACAUCGCAAGAUAAAUUCAUUUGUCAUUUUUCAUUUUCAUUUUUAUUUAUAUCAACGAAAACUUAUUGUAAAAAAAAUUUCCUU